UAAGAUUUUCGUUUAGCCACAACAAUGCACACUUGAUAGUUUUAAAACGUAUAUAAAGACAAAAACUUAUUAUACCUUAUCAGUAUUUUCUACUCUAAACCGUUACAAAAUGAAACUCGUUAUUUUUGUUACUUUAUUCGCACUAAUUGGAUUGGUUCAACUAGUCCAUAUUUCGGAAGAAGACAAAUCACUACAAGUUCCUGUAGAAUCUGGUGUAGAAUGUGAAGCUUGUGAAGCUUUUGCAGGGUUAGUUGGAGAGUUAGUUGAAAAAGAAUUUCCAAAGGACUAUGUAGAAAAAGAAGCAAAAAAAUUAUGUGAGAAGCUUAGCGGUUCUCUAGAAAAAUUUUGUUUGGAUCACCUAGUGUCGCUGGUUGAUACUAUAUACGAUGAAAUUGCUAAUAAUGUCUCAGCAAAAGCAGUGUGUCAACUUUUAGGUCUUUGUUAAUAUUUUUUUAAAAAUAAAAAAUAAAUGUCAUUCCUUUUUUUACAAA